AUUGCCCCACACUCGUGACUUGCCCUCUCAAUUAUCUAAUUCCCAAAAAAAAAAGAAAAAAAAAAGCAACCAAACCCCAAAACUUUUUCUAAUAUUCAUUUUUACCCCUCAUUCUUCCCAUAAGUAACAUUUUCAGCUCCCAAAUUUUCCCUCUUUCUCUUUCAUGAUCUUCAUAUCAAUAUCCCUUUUGAUUUCUCUCUCUAAUAUUUAACCCCCAUUCUUUGUCUCUACAAUUUCAGUUUCAUUAAGCUCUCUCAUAAUUUUCUGUUAUUUUUUCAACUUACUUUUUGCAUCUGGGUUUUUAGCAUUACUGUGCUUUGUUGAAGUUCAUGAAGAUGUUUAUAUAAUCAGUGCGAAAAAGUGCUUUCGUUUUACUAACUUUGCAGAAAAACCUGGGAAUUUAUGUUUGUUUAAUUUUUUUCCAGUAUAAGUUUUUUUUUUUAAUUUUUUAAAUAUUUUUAUAUCUGGGUUUUAGCAUUUUUGUUGAUUUUCAUGGAGAUGUUUAUAUUAUGAGUGCGAAAAAGUGCUUUCGUUAUAUGAACUUUGCCGAAAAAUCUAGCAAUUAAAUUUUGGUGGAUUUUUUUUUUCAGUUGAUGGAUUAAGAUUUUAGGUUUUUCAUAUUUUACAUCUGUGCUCGUUGAAGUUCACGAAGAUGUUUAUAUAAUAAGUGCGAAAAAGUUCUUUUUUUUAUGCAUUUGUAAAAAUUGCAGAAAAAUCUGGCAAUUAAAUUUUGGCCAUUUUUUUUUUUCAGUUGAUUGAUUAAGGGGUUUUAGAUUUUUUUUUUUUUGAAAUAAAAAAUUAAAUUUUGAUUUUAGUAUUAUUGUGAGAAAAAGUGUUUCCUUAGUAAUUUGGAGAAAAAUCUGGUAAUUGAAUUUUUGUAAGCUUUUUCAGUUGAUGAGUUAAGAGGUUUUAGGUUAUUUUUGGAGCUAUGAAUAGGAGUUUUAGGGUGGAGGAAUCGUCUGCGGCAUUGAGGGAGUUAAAGGAGAAAAUGGGGAGUUUAAGGAAUUCAGUAAUGAAGGAGAAGGAGAAAGAGAAAGAGGAGGAGUUAGGUUUGUUUUUGGAAAUGCGAAGAAGGGAGAAGGAGAGGAACGAUCUUCUGCUUUUUCAGAAUGGCGAUGAAUUUGAUGCUCCGCUUGAAUCAAGAGCAGGAAGUUCGCCUAUAUUCAAUAUUGGAUCAACCAAUGCCGUGAGGAAGAAUGGUGCUGAUGAUUUCCUCAAUGCUGACAAUGAUAAAAAUGAUUACGAAUGGCUUCUAACACCUCCCAGUACUCCUCUUUUUCCUUCACUUGAGAUGGAGUCGGAAAAAACAAUGAUGAGUCAGCUGGGAACUGCUAAAGCUCGUCCAACUGCAUUGAGAUCUAGAUUAGCGAAUCCCCAACCUGAGCCCGCUGGUAGAAGCAAUUUAUCAUCUAGACAGCCUGCUUCCGCUGUUGGAUUAAAUACUUCAAAUUCAGGUCUUCGAAGACCAUCUUCAUCCGGUGGAUCAAGACCUUCAACUCCAACUGGACGACCCACAUUAAGUGCUACAUCCUCCUUGACAUCCGCAUCUAGACGCACAUCUACUGCAGCAUCCAAAGCAAUGACAUCCACAGCAACUUCUAAAACAAUGUCGACCACAACCACGUCUCGGCCAUCAAGGUCUUCAACACCAACUCCUCGUUCAACCUUGCCUGCUGCUAAGUCCACGGUUCCUACUAGAUCUUCAACACCUACAGCUAGGUCUAGUGCAAGGUCCUCAACGCCAACCAGGACCUCCUCAACACUCACAACCAGGGCAUCUGUUCCAGGAUCAAAGUCCACAUCAAGGGCAGCAACACCAACUCGUCGGCCUACUUCAGUGUCCAAUACAGCUAAUGCUACUGCUCCUUCCAUUAAAUCUCCGUCUUCAGUUACACCAGCAACCACUACGGCAAGAAAUCCUGGAGCCUCACGUCCUAGUUCUCCAAAUGUAAAACCCAGACCAUGGAAGCCAUCAGAUAUCCCAGGGUUAUCCUAUGAUGCUCCACCCAAUUUACGGACAUCACUAUCUGACAGGCCAACUUCAGCUACAAGGGGUAGACCUGGAGCACCAAGUGUGAGAUCUUCAUCCAUUGAGCCAGUUACAAAUGGAAGGAUAAGACGACAAUCUUGCUCUCCAGCUAGAGGACGUCCUCCUAAUGGUGUUGUGCGUAGCAGUGGGAGCUCUGUCCCGAUUCCAGCUAUGAGUCGAUUACAUGCUAAAGCUAAUGAUAAUGUAAGCCCUGUUAUGGUUGGAACUAAGAUGGUUGAAAGGGUAAUAAAUAUGCGGAAGCUGGCUCCUCCUGCAAAGCAAGAUAACAAACAUUCUCCCCGUAAUAACUUAUAUGCGCACUCUUCAUCACCUGACAGUACAGGUUUUGGAAGGACAUUGUCAAAGAAAUCCUUGGAUAUGGCUAUGAGGCAUAUGGAUAUAAGGCGAAGCAUCUCUGGUAAUAUGCGUCCAUCGAUGACUAAUAUUCCAGCAUCAUCCAUGUACAGUGUAAGAUCAGGACCCAACAGCAGGAGGACAAUGAGUGUAUCCGACUCCCCACUUGCUACAAGCAGCAACGCUAGUUCUGAAGUGAGUGUCAAUAACAACGCAGUGUGUGUUGAUGGGAGUGAAUUUGAUGAUGCUUUUAGCAGUGAUAAAGGUGUUCGAUCUCCUGCCAAUAUGAUGCAUAGAAGGUAAUGAUUACCCUUCGCUGGUGCAAGGUUAUAAAAUUAUAGUUUUGAUUCAGUGCUGGGAUUAGAGUUUUGGCACUCGAAUUAUGAUUGUUUCCUAGGAAGAACCGAGGCAUAUGGUUCUUCCUCCCUCGUUCUGUAAAGAUUGAUGCACAGUUAGCUAUGAAAUUUGAAGCCAACCUUCCUCAUAAGUUAUGUUGUGUGCUUAAAACCAUCUUUUUGUUUUGCAAGCAGUAAUGCUAGUAAUGCUAGUUUCUGAAGUUUUGAUUA